GGUCCUAGACCUGCAGCCUCCUGUUGUGCAGGAACAUACUAUUGGGGAAUAUUCCACUUGCGGAAGUUCCUCCUUCGUAAACCAAAACAUUUCCACCUAUGUGACACUGAUAUUGACAUUUACCUACGUGAUUAUUUGUUUUCGUAGAGGCUUGUUUGAAAGCAAUAGCUAACAAUAACUUUACGAUUAAUGUUCUCUCCUGGACAAACUAUUUUUGUUGUUCAAGAUUGUUCUCUGUCAGCACAAACAUGACUAAUGGGACAGGGUGAGGCAGGAUUAUGGAGGAUAUUAUUUGUGUCAGCUCGGGCAGCGACGACGACGCCGACUCUGAUUUAGAGGUCAUAAGCAGUUAUAAUGAAGAGAAAGAAGAUGCAGUUCCGUUCAUUCGAGCACAAUGGCUGCCCGUCACACCUGUCCUCAUCGAUAUCACAGGCCACAACUUCACCUCUCCAUGGCGAAGGUGCUCAAGAAAAGAUAAAUGCUCCUCCCUAGAAGUUAUAGAUCUGAGUGAAGAUAAUCCUCCUGAUGAUAUUGACGUACAGAAACCAUUGCCGACUUUGCCGUCAGUAGAAAGCAGAGGCAUGAAAGUGCAUGUAACACUGGCAUCUUUUGGAAAAGCUCAAGAAUCACAAUCUCAAACCAGCGUUGGGAAAGAUGUGGCUAAUUCAGGGUGUUUUGUAGGAAGCAGUGUGCAGUCUGUUGCCUCUAAGUCACUCAGUCAGGAGAACACUCUCAAAGACGUGCUCCAAAGAACAGAAGAUUAUUUGCUUCAGGACACAAAUUGUAAUUCAAGCUUGCCGUCUGAGCAGCUGAGCUGGGAUAAGUCUUUGGAGCAUUGCAGGUCCAAUGAUACAAGUAAAAAUCCGUUCAAAUAUGAAUCUGAAGUAUUGAAGGACUCUAUUGCAGAUGUAUCGCAGAACACUAAAGACACACAGCUAAGUACACCAGCUGUCUGCAGCAUAGAAGCAGACCAAGAAGACAAUCUUGACUCAUUGCAGAAAUGGGAAGACGCUGUUCUCUCUCCUUACAAUCUUGACAGUCCAUAUUACUGUCCUAGUGAGGUAGAUGCUUAUAUAUUCUCUGAUUCAUCCAAUAAGUCUGAAGAUAAUAAUCAUCGGUUUACAUACAACAGUCAACAGUCAUUUCAAACCUCUGAGCUACCCUCUGCUACUCAUACUGCAUCAGUAUCCAAUACACUUUCAUUAAAAGAGGAUGGUGAAACGAUGAAUAUCAGCAAAAAUGAGGUUCAUCCCAAGCCUUCGUCCCCCUCCAUACCUACCUCAUCUAGGGCAUCGCCCCCCUGGAGCUCUGAACUUUUGUCUAGACUUAGUAAACCCAACAGUCCCACAUCCACAGAGAUUCUUGCCAGUGACACAGCAGCACGUUCCCCUGAUCAGUCUACGCUAAGCUCACCAAGUAGCCUCCUCAUUUCUCAGUCUUCCUCGCCAAAAUUUCCAGAGAGAACAGAGCAAAAGAGAAAUUAUUUAGAUGCAGGAUCUCUAGAAAGCCCUCCCAUCAGGUUUUGGGAGACAAGCAGCGAUGAUGGCAAUGAAAAUGUGCUGGAUAAUGUGGAGUCAGAUCUUUCUGAAAACAACACUGAAGAUAGACAACAUAUUUGUCUGACUCAGUACAAAAAAUUGAAUCAGUGCAUGAGUGGAAUGGUUCCACACAUGGAUGACGAUGAGGAAGAUGAACACUAUGGUCCCGCUGAGCCUCUAUGCCGUCAGAGCCUUAGCUUGGUCUACAGCACCAUUGAGGAGAAUUACCCAGAAGGCACUCUUCAGCUGCUCUUUGACUUCAUUCAGCCUCGGUAUUACCCACCGGUGGAUAUUACGACACAUCUGCUCAGGGGGAUACUCUUAAACCCACAAAGCCCUGAUGUUUUUGUCAUAGAGGCCUAUGACCUAUUGAUGAAGACUCAGAGGUACCACCCUGUGCAUGCUUCGACAGUCCCAUGGGAUUGGGAACUGAUGAAGUCAGUUAUGAAGGAACAGGAUGACACUAGGAGGUUGCGGACGGAGGUCCAGUACCUGCUCCUGCAAUACGUGUUGCAGGUUUUAGAAGAUGAUUUUCAUUUUAAACUCAGGAGUCAUUGUCUUCAUCAGUCUGUUGCAAAGAAGAUGCUUUCAUGUGGCAAUGAAACAAUUGGGCAAGUCAAGGAUAUAAUUAGUUGGUUGAUGAAUGCUGCAAAGGAGUCAGUGAACCACUCAAAAGAUAUGGAAUAUCCAAAGAAAGAGGACAACUAUCUUAAGAUUGUAUUAUCUCUUCAGAGGAUGUUAACAUUGGCCCUGGAGGUGGACAAGAACCCCACCUACAAUUCAGAAAAGAUUUCAGUAGAACUCUUCAGUUGUCUUAACACAAUGCAUUAUUGCAGACAGAUAAGACUUUUAUUGUUGAGGACUCUGGAUAGCAAGCUGCUGAGAUGCGAGCUGUUGACGCGGUUGCUGGAUGAGACUUAUCAGCCCAUAUCUCUAAACUUGCUGCUACACUACCUCAAGAGCUCCACACUGGCCUCAGACCCCUCUGAUGGAGCAGAGAAGUGGAGGAAAUGGGAUGAACUCCUUCAGCUUCUGUGGAUGCUGAUGCUCAGUUAUGAAGAAGUUGUGACAGGGCAUCUACGCUGCCCCAUCACAGAGCGUUUUGAUAAAAGAGAUGCUCCGAUCUGGACACUGGAAGAUCGGGUGAAAUGCUCAGCAGUGCAAGAGGCAACAGGCGCCUUCCAGUCACGUGCAGCGGACGACAUUGGCCAUGCUCUUCCCGUGGAAAUGCAGGAUUUACUAUCCCAACUACAAGAACACAUAACUGACAUGCCGAGUGUUACUUCAAGUCAUUAAACCUUUUAUAAUAGCUUUGUUUUGACAGUUGUUUUAAAUAAAAAUUUUUUU